AUGGCGACCAACGAGACGACGCCCAGCGUCCCAACCCCAGGCCAGCCUGGUGGAAGCGAGCCGUUACCGACCGACGUCAACUUCUACUUCUUCCUGUUCUGGUACUUUGGCGUGUACGUCGCCGUCGCGCUGUGCUUCAUCACCUCGCUAUUUGGUCUCUACCGUCUGAAUUGGUGGCCGCAAGCCCUCGGUGGCAAGACGACGUACCUCCUCAUGUGGGCAGGCACGCUCGGCGUCGGUCUGCUUUCGCACAACCUGGACCUGUUCGGGAUGCGGCGGCGGGAGCACGAGCGUGGCCCGGGUAGUGACGACGACGAGGCGUUCGAGUGGGAGAGAAAGAGUACGUCUCGCAACGAGUACAGUGGCCGCACUAGCUUAUAUGUCCCCGUCAUCGAGCUGACCCACAGCCUUCUGGGUCCUCCUCUCGUUCGCGGCGAUGCACCUGCCCGCGCUUGCAUGCUUCUCGAAACUGAAGCGCGACCGUCGACAUGUGUACCGCCACGCGCAGCCGCUGGUGCAGGACACGUUCUUCGGUAA